AUGGCCAAUAAACCGAUGCGGUUGCUCGAAAAGUACGACAUUCUGCUCGACCAUUUGGACUUCGAUUACAUCCGUCGGUGCGGGUGCGCGCGAAAACUAGAAAACAUCGUCCAAGUGCUGCGUUCCGGUGAGGAGGGUUACUUUCCGCAGCUCACCACAUUCGCCGAGGAGCGGCUCAGGGCGGUGCUCCCCGGUAGUCGGCUGCUGCGCAAGGAGCAGCCCCUGGCCACUCGCCACACGCUGCCCGAGGAAGAGUGGGAUGCCAUCUCGGCCCAGCUAAACCAGUGGCAGGACGAGAUGAAGACCCUCGCCGGUACCAUUCAGUCCAGCGGGACGGCCAAUGCUGCCGAAAGGCCUGAGUUACCGCCGGUGCGGCAGGUCCUCCCGGUAGCGGAGCAGUCGGGGCUUAGUGGAUGCGCGAACCCAAAGAAGGGUGCAGAACGUAUCGGAUCGUGUGACUACGGUAGGUGGGACCACUACGAUCCGGAGGCGGAAAUGUUGAAGAUGGACCUGGACGAAGAGCGACACCGUGAGUUCGUGCGGAUGGAGAACCAGAAAAAUUUGGCCAAACCCAAAAUUGAGGAGCUACCUCCGAAGGUGGAGUUGAGCGAGGCCGAGAGGGGUGCCAUAGCCAACAGAAUGCGCGAGAAGGGAAACGACUACUUUCGCGCCAAGGAGUACCGGGAAGCGGUUGAGGAGUACAGGAAGAGCCUGAACGUUGCACCGACGGCCGUUUGUUUCAACAAUCGGGCAAUGGCGUACAUAAAGCUGCAGCGCUACAAGGAAGCGAUAGCCGAUUGCGACGAGUGUCUCUCGCGGGAGCCAGCAAACAUAAAGGCUCUCCUGCGGAAAGCCCAGGCAUUGGUGUCCAACGACAAUCGGCGUGAGGCUUACAGGGUCUACGGUGAGGUGCUUCGACUCGAACCAGCCAACAAGGUGGCGCUCUCCAACACGUCCCAACUACGAGCCCAACUUCCCGAUCUUCCGCCACCGAACGCGGUUCGGAUGGCGAUCGAGGAGGUGGGCAGCGCUCAGCAGGACUCGGCCGAUGACAUCGACUUCCGUGCGCUGGUGAAACCGAAAAAAAUCAUCAAGGAUAGGCUUCCGGAGGCGCUCAAGCAGCUGAAGGCGGACACGGCCAGUGCGCUGCGCAAAAGUGCCGCGACCGCACGCGAAGAACCCGAGAUCCGGUUACGCCCCGAAACCACCGGUACUCGCCGCACUCCGUUGAUUGAGGAACUAUAG